AUGUCGAUCGAUGAUUUCGUGGCGAAGAUGUCAGAUCCCAAGUUUCUAGGAGAUUCUUGUUUGCGGACCCAACACCUCAUUGGUGCGACUUGGUGGGAGCGUGUCUCCGAGACGGAAGUCAUCGGGCGCCACCAAGUUCGUGCAGCCCACGUUCGGUUCAAGGAUUCAUCUUGUAGCGAGGAAGUCAGGGGUGGCCAUUCCCAUACCACUAAUGAGCUCUACUAUCGGAAAAUAGAUGGGGUGUAG